AUGUCCCUUGUCAAUUAUGAAGUGAAGGCCGAUCCCGUCCAACAGCCCCCGGACGUCUGCGUUACCCCUUGCGACCCAUGGCCAGCACCAUAUUACCUGGAGGGUGGACUUCGCCGCGUCAAGCCUUACCACUACACCUACAACACUAAUUGUAAGGAGCGAUGGCGCGGUCGCACAUUGGAGGACAUCUUCACUUCUGAGUUCCGAGACCGCAGACCAGAAUACUAUCGCUGGGCACUGGACCAAGGCCUCGUCGCCGUGAACGGCAAGCCCGCCGCGCGCAACACAGUCAUUAAAAACGGCCAAGUCAUCUCGCACACCUGCCACCGCCAUGAACCCCCCGUCUCAGCCCAACCAGUCGGCAUCAUCCACGAAAGCGACGACCUCCUCGUCAUCGACAAACCCGCCGGAAUCCCCGUCCACGCCGCCGGCCGCUACCACUUCAACUCCGUCGUCGAGAUCCUCCGCGCAGAGCGCGGCCAAGGCUGGCUCCCGCGCCCCUGCAACCGUCUCGACCGCCUCACAUCCGGCGUCAUGUUCAUCGGCAAGGACCCCAAGGGCGCAGAAAGAAUGGCCACAAAGCUCAAGGAACGCUCCGUUCAAAAAGAAUACGUCGCAAGAGUCAAGGGCAAGUUCCCCGACGGCGUCGUCGUCUGCGACCAGCCCAUCAUGCAGGUCAGUCCCAAACUGGGCCUGAACCGCGUGCGCGCCACCGGCAAGACAGCCACCACCAAAUUCCGCCGUCUGGCCUAUUACCCUGCCGAGUCGGAACUCCCCACCCCCACCCCGCCUGCCGGCGAGCACGGCGAAAUCCCCCGGCCUGCUACCCCGCCUCCGGCUUUGGCGAAUGAGACGGAGGGCUACAGUAUUGUGCACUGCUUCCCGCUUACGGGGCGCACGCACCAGAUUCGAGUCCACCUGCAGUUCUUGGGCCACCCUAUCUCCAAUGAUCCCAUUUACUCUAAUCGGCGGGUUUUCGGGCCCGAGCUCGGAAAGAACGAGUCGCAUGGUCAGCGCGAUGAUGAGAUUAUGGAGCGCUUGAAUAGGAUGGGGAAGACUGAGUUGCCGGAUACGGUGUCGUACCGACACCACUUUAUGGCGUCGCCGGAUGUGCCGCCGGAUACUGACCCGGCUAUUCUGGCGCAGCUUUUGGAGCGCGAGCAGAAGGCUGCGGCGGAGGAUUAUUCUAUUCGCAAGGGUGAGCGGUUGUCUGGUCAGCUUUGCGAGGUCUGUGAUACCGAGCUGUACUCUGAUCCGGGGCCUCAUGAGCUCGGUAUCUUUUUGCAUGCUGUUGCGUAUGCUGACCUUGAGGGUGAUUGGUCGUACCGGAGUGCUAUGCCCAGUUGGGGUUUGCCGCCGUCUGGUCUCUUUGGUCCUCGUGAGGUUCCGGAUUGGGUUCCUGGCACGGAGGGCGAGGAGAUUGUUAUUGGGCAUGGAACUGUUCCGCCUGAGAUUGGAGUUGAUGAUGAAGGCGUGGUUCGCAGGGGUACUAAGUUGCCUACCGGUACUGUUUUGCUGGAGGGCGUUGGCAUUGUUGAUGUUUCGUCUUUGAACGCAGCUUCUAUUCCCAAGGAGGCUGCUGAGCUGGUGGCUGCUGCGGCGCAGUAA